GUUGUCAAUUGUCAUAUUAAGCGCUGAGAUGAUCAGAUUUAAUCAUCUAAUGAAGAAUCUAGCUGAAAUAUAAAUAAAGUUAAUAUGUGAUAUUAGAUUAUUAAAAUUUGAUUUUCUAAUGAGGCAAAAUACAUAGUGGAACAAUUUGAUACAGCUGAAAGAUUUCCUUCAAAAUAAAUAUAUCUACACGUUUUUCAAAUAAAAUGACUGCGUUUUUAAGAAGGUGAGAGGUGAUGGUAAAGAUAUCUGCUACUAGUCUCACUCACAUACUACGAUGGAUCUUCACUUAUCACUUUAAUGAACUAAUUGACACCUUUCUAUGGUGGUUGGGCUAAUUUAUAUUUUAAACAAAUAAUAUUUCUAGCACAUGGUUAAGGUAUUGCAUGUUUGUAACCACUCUAGUCAUAUAGCUUUCAUAAAAUGACCAACGCCCAAAAACAGACGCGCAGAUUCGAAUGCGGAAUUUGCAAUAAGAAAUUUUUCAGUUGUAAUGAUUUGCGAAAACACAUUCGAAUUCAUACUGAUGAACGACCGUAUUCUUGCAACGAAUGUGGACAAGCAUUUCGACAAGCCGGUUCUUUAAAAAAUCACAUUGCUUGUAAACAUUCGCCGGGUUUGCAAAGCAAGACAAUAUUCAUCUGCCAUUUCUGUAAGAAAGUUUUCCCUUUAAAAGAUAGAUUGAAAUUACAUCUUAGAACACAUACUGGUGACAAACCUUAUGAAUGUGAUAGAUGCAAGAAGCGGUUUGCGAGAGGAAGUCAACUUAGUCAACACAUGUUAACGCAUACAGGUUAUAAACCUUACACGUGCCUGAUAUGUCAAUCAUCAUUUACGUGUUCAGCUAAUCUCAAAUUUCAUAUGAAUAGACACAUGGAAAUUAGGAAUUUUGUAUGUGAUAUUUGCGGAAAGAGUUUUUUCAGAAGAGACGCUUUGAAGAAACACGUGAAUUGUUACCAUAAUAACGUUAAAGCUUUCCAUUGUCACAUAUGUAAGAAGAAUCUCAAAGGGCAUUUGCCGCAACAUAUGAGGAUUCAUCGACAAGAUAAACCUCACGGUUGUGCUCAUUGUGGAGCUCGGUUUACUCAAAGAUCUCAAUUAACUGUACAUCAAAGAACCCACAGCGGCGAGAGACCUUACAGAUGUCAAAUUUGUUGGAAAGCUUUUGCACAUUCUACCGCUCUACGACUACAUACACGACGGCAUACCGGUGAGAAACCGUUUUGUUGUAUCUUGUGCAACGCGUCCUUCAGUCAAUUGCCUCAUCUAAAGAAACAUAUGUCAACUAUUCAUAAAACUAACAAACCGUACGGUUGUUGCCAUUGUAAAACCUUCCAUAAAACUAAAAUCGAUUUAGAGAACCACUAUUUAAAAUGCGUGAUAUUAAUAAACAAUCCCAAAUUACAAGAAUCAAAAACCGCAAAAAUCAGCGUUGAUUCCAUAAUGCCUCUCGAAAAAAUGAGGUAUUUACUUGCCAUUUUACUAAAAAAAAUAUCUUCUCCGGAUCGUUUGAAAGCCUUGGGUUUUAAUAAAAGAUUAAUAGACGAGAUUCUUAUAGAUUCAAUCGAAAAUUCUGGUCGCGAACCUUGCAAAGACAUGACCUUACCUCCCGCUGAAAAGUUGAAACAAAACGUACAAAUUUUAUUAGACUGGACUGUUCCCAAAGCGUUUAUGGACAAAUUUAAACAGGAUCGGAUAUCCACUGAGGAACUUUUAAAAGAAUUGACUUCAUAAUUACCAGAUUUGCUUUGUUUUAUUGAAAUUUUGUUUUGAAAAGGAUAAAAUUGUUUUAGUCAAUCGAAUCUUCUAUAUUAUUUGAAGUACCAACUGUCCUUUUUUAUUUAAAGGAAUAUUUGAUUUCAAUUUUUAUUUUCUGAGUGAUAAUUAAACAACUUAACUCUUAUAUAUUUUGUCUUCUGAUUCUUGUUCUAAAAAAUAUUUGUAAAAAUUAUAAAAACGAUUAGAAUUUUUCAAAAUCGCACCGUUCCACAUUCACAUCUGCUGUUUUCCAGUUUUCGUAGUCUUCUAGAAAAGCAGUUCAGCUCCUGCAUCACGGCCUAUUGGACCGCUAGAUCGAGCCAUAAUGUUUCCUCUUGAGCGUCGAUUUUAUUCUCGGUAAUAAAAAAAUGUUUGGGGCCAAGAAAAUUAUAACGGUUGGCCUUUUACUCCUCUGAUAACACUCGCGCCACCAACACUUUCUUCAUAACUAAGAAUACUCAAUUCAUCAUCAAUCAUUCUGAUAUUAAUUCAACGAUCAUAAAUUUUUUACUCGCGAUAUAUUUUCGUUGGUCCUACAGGUCGAAGGACGUCCGGAGCAGUCGUCGUCUUCUAUUCUUUCCCUAACUCCUUGGAACAGCUUAUGUCACUCAAAAA